GCCUGCGAAGGUGCCCUUUUUGUUUGGCUCGUGCUUAAGCUCGGCCAACUCAUAUUAGCCCUUGGGCUUAGUUGGCCUUUUUUGGGAGCCCGAGAGCGCUUCAUAGUUCUUCGAGAAGCCUGUGGGUUGGCCUUCGACCAGGUACUGCACAGACGGCAACUGGUAAAACUGGAAGCCAUUGGCAUCCGUCCUCCUCUCCUCGACUUCAUCGGUUCCUACUUUGUCUAACAGUCCCCCUCUCCUCGACUUCAUCGGUUCCUACUUGUCUAACCGCAGGCAGAAGGGCCUAG